CCAAUUUUUUGUAUGUUUCUUAUAAAAUGAGAAAUUUGUAGAAAAAUACAUAACGAUGUUAUUUUAUUUUUUUUUAAAGAAGGAAAAAAACUUACACAAAAGCGUAGUUUUGUCCUGAUUUUAGUAAGGUACAUCACAAAAGUGCUCUUCAUGUGAGAAGUGUGUCUACGUGAAAGAAGGAAACUCCAAAGUGUGACAAAUUGUUAUUCACUCAAAAAAAGAAUGAUUUCACUUCUCAACACAACAAAAUCUAAAACAAACCAUAUUAUUAUUUUCUCUCAAAUUAAUAGAAAUGGAGCGGAAGCAGAUCAAAGCUAUGUUCUUUAUCUUAACAAUGAUUAUGGCUUUGGUUUGUCAUCAUCAAUCAGAAGCUAUAUCAUUUGUUGGUCGUCUGAAAUGCGUGUUAGAUAUAAGUAGCGUUGAGGGCUGUGUGGAUGCCAUAAAGAAAGCUACAAAGGGAGACUCUCGUGGUUUGGAUAAGCAAUGCUGCGACGCCAUUAGUGGCCUCACCAAUGACUGUUUGCCGAUUAUCUUCUCCGGAGGCCCCGUCAUUGGCUUACUCGUUAAAGCUGCUUGCACCCAUAAAUUCGAUGACGCUAAUUAAUUAUUGAAUCAUAAAGCCGAGGCAUGUACGACUCGAAACCAUAUAAUUGUAUUUGUAUAUUGUAUCAUGCAUUGCUUUUUUAUUUUUUUGAAAAGGAAAAAAAGAGACAGAUAUAUAUGUCAAACGAAAUCAAUAAACUGCUAUAUAAUUUUCUAGAACUAUAUGUUUUAAGAGUUAUAGAAUUGUUUUUCUUU